AACGUAACUUGCCGAAAAUUGUCAAUAACCGUCUAGUGCGUUGGGCUUUAAUCAUUGGAGGGUAUGACUACGAUAUAGUUUUUACAAAAGGGCAUCUAAAUUUUAUGGCUGAUUUUCUUUCUAGGAUGCCCAAUCCAGAAGAUAAACCGUCUAAUGCAGAAUUGACAGUACACAGAGUGGUAGCUCAGUUGCAGCAUGAAAGAGUUUCGGAUAUUGCGUUAACAGAGGACAGUGUACGAGGCGCGACAAGGAAGGACCCUUUGCUUAAACAGGUAUCAGAGUACAUUAAGACCGGCUGGCGUGAAAAUUUUUAUUCAGAUGACUUAAAGCCCUAUGCUCGGAAGCGCACUGAGUUGUCCAUUGAAAAUAAGAUAUUAAUGUGGCAAGGUCGAAUAGUAAUACCGAACACCCUGAGAAAGGCCACCUUGGAAUAUCUGCAUACAGGACACCCAGGCAUAUCCGCAAUGAGAGCGCUAGCACGUUUUUACGUAUGGUGGCCGUCCAUUGACGAUGACAUUGAGGAGUACAUUAAACGUUGUCGCAAAUGCCAAGAGAAUCGGCCGAACAACGCUGAAUUGCCUAUAUACUCGUGGUCCGUUCCUGACAACCCGUGGGAAAGGCUACACAUUGAUUUUGCAGGCCCGUUCGAGGGAAAAUAUUGGUUUGUCUUAGCAGAUGCGCUUUCGAAAUGGGUCGAAAUUAAACCCAUGAACCAGAUAACCACUUCUAAACUGUGUGAAGAGUUAGAUUCCAUUUUCACCACCUUCGGCUUCCCUCAAUUCUUGGUUUCUGACAAUGGACCACAGUUUACUUCUCAGGAAUUUCAAGACUAUUGUAGAGACAAGGGUAUUCUACACAUAAAAUCAUCCCCGUACCAUCCCCGGACUAACGGUUUGGCUGAACGUCUGGUUCGCACUUUCAAAUCCAGGCUAUCAUCAAGUGCCAGUGACCAUCUCACCUUGAAAAGACGACUAGAAAAUUUCCUUUUUUCCUACCGCAUAACACCUCAUUCCACCACCGGUAAGAGCCCAGGACAACUUAUGUUCGGACGUCAGCUGCUUUGUAUUUUGGAUAACGCACGCCCUAACUCUAAAAAGGCCCUGCAGCAUAGGCAGAUACAGGCUAAUAUAAAUUCAGAAAAUUUAACACCAUGUUUUAGAUCGGGGGACAGCGUGUUUGUCCGAGCCCGGGAUGGGUCACGAUGGGAACCUGCUACCAUAUCCAGACGUACGCAUAGAUACUCGUACACCGUAGACACAGCCAAUGGGGUAGAAAGGAGAUAUCAUGCUGAUCAAGUGCGUUCCCGCUUAGCCGACCAUAUCAGUCCAGUUUCUACUGAUGGCUCUCAGGCCACACACGACCCGCAUCAUAUAAACACCAGUGAGGUGGAACCCCUUGCAAGUUCGUCAGGAACGCAGAACUCAGCUACCACCCCAAUGCGGCCAUGCGCUGCUACUACGCAUUCGCCACCUACCACGGCGUCCCUACAGCAAGCAUCAAAGCGCCAUGAGCGCACCAUCAGGCGACCUCGGCGGCUUAUCGAGGAGAUGUUGUAAAUUGUAGGGAUGGACGAAUGUUAU